UAGGUAUAUAUACAGGUGACGCGGCCUGGUCCCGUCCACUUCCCGUUGGGUCUCCACUCUCCGCGCAUCUCGUGCCAGCACAGCAGCAACAGCAGCCCAGCUCGCUCCCUCGCCUUCUACAUCUCCAGACACACACCUUUACCUCCAAGCCAGGAUGUCCAUGCAGAUGCGAGUUGUUGUAGCGGUGGCGGUCGUUGUGGUGGUGCUGGCGCUGCUCAGUUCCCCCGUCAGCGCCGGCUACAGGAAGCCACCAUUCAACGGAUCCAUCUUCGGCAAACGUUCUGGCGCUGAUGCUGUGUACGAGCCCGGCAAGUCCCAGGCCCUGGCGUCCGUGUGCCAGGUGGCUCUCGAGGCAUGCACCCUCUGGUUCCCUGGAGCCGAGAAGAAAUGAACCACUCAGGUGGCAAAACUAAACCUACGGAGAGAGAGAGA